AAGUGUUCCUUCUCGACCGAAGCUACAGUUAGCCCGAACAACUGGGUCUACUGAAGCUUGUGAAAUAUUCGCUUCUGUACACGAUGCUUCGACAGUUAAUCUUGCUAAUCGCCGUCUCCGGCGCCCUCGGCAACGGCUUCGCCAAAAAGUUUUCAUUCUCCAAGGCGAUGACGAGUUGCUUGGGCGAGGACAUUUACUACAGCUGGAGGAACCACGUGCUGCAGGCGGUGAAGGCGUGCAGCACGGAGGAGGCGCUCCUGCCUCCUCACGAGGACCUCGACUCCGAGGAGGAGAGCGGAGAGGAACGCAUCGGCGACCCAGUCCUUCCUUCCCUUAACCCAGAGGAUAAGAUUCAGGAGUCCAGUUUCUCCUCAACACCGCCACCGAAGAGAGAACCGGUGUUCGAGGCGGCCGUUCUGAAGCAGAUUUCGGCGAAGGUGGAAGCAAAGCUUAGCAACAUCACUUGCGUCUUGAUGAAACUGAAUUACCUGGAGGAGGACUUCGACGUCAACUACCAUUUUCUGAAGGAGGAGCUAGAAAUAUCUGAAUUGUUCGAGACUCUGGAUGGCGGCGUGAAGGCGGAUCUCAUCGCAGCUCUCGACUACUGCGAAGAAUACGCGCACCCUGAGAACCCCGCCUCCCCGAUGCCCAAGAAGCUGCAGAAGAUCCUCGCUUUCCUCAAGUGCGAGAGGAGGACCCGCCUGCACGUCUGCAUAAAACACGACUUCAUGAACAACCUGGACGACUACGACCUCUCCGAUCUGCAGAAGGAGGGCGAGAGCAAGGCCGAGGUGGCAGAGAAGCUCAUCCACCUCAUGUGGGGUUUGGAGGCCGACGACGAACUCCAGCUCUACUGAAGGGGCACUUGAGUCGAAGCGGGGAGGGUGAAUUCCAUGCUCUCUAUAUGUUCGCUAUGGCACUUCGAAGUAAGAAUGUGUGGUCGAACACUUCAUUAGAAACUUACAAGAAAUUGGUUAUUUUUCAUUUUUUUAGAUAUUUACUUUAAUUAAAUAUACCAGGAACCUGUUUAGUACGUUAAGCGAAAUUUAGGGAAAUGACUGUGAAUUUAUACAGAAAGGAAAAGCAUAAAGUAUGAUGAAACUGUAAUACGACAUAAUCUAUAUUUCAAAGAAUUCCUGGUAAUGUAAAUUAUUGUUAUUAUACCACUGUUAUAUGCUACUAUGAUUUAUUCGAUUCCACAAUAUUGUUCAAUAAAACUAAAAUUUUAA